AGGGCACAGGCAAUUAAUAUUGAUGAGGCUGCUGGGCUCUAUUGUGCAAUUGGAGCUGAGAGGUGAAAGCGCAGGCAGAAUGGAGGUGGGGAGCUGCGAGGCGCUCGUAGGUCUGUGGCUUUAGUAGCAGCCGCCUCCGAGAACCAAGCCAAGCAGCAGCAGCAGCAGCAGCAAGCAGCCGCCGCCUGCAACGGGGGGGCUUUGUUAGUUCCCCACGAUCGUCGCCCAGUAGUCCCCCGCCAGCCCCAGCCGCUACGAUGGAGCAAGGACAAAAAGCUCUCUAGGAGAAAACACAACCCUGCUACAUCCAGAAAGGAAAAGAAGAAGAAGGGAGAGCGGCUCGCCGGAGCCCUCCCUCCGGAGCCAGGCAGAGCCACCGAGAGGCAGAGGAGAAAGGCAAGGGCCAUUUUCGUCGUCUUGUGAAAGGAUCCUCCCUGGAGGGACAGCAACCUUUGGCAGCUCCUGAGCACAUGACGGUUUGUUCGUUCUUAUGUUGAGUUGCACCCAGCAAGGAGGACACACUUGAGCUCCCAGGCAGAUCUCCAUCCAGGUGUUGCUCUGCUCCAGAGCUGCAGCUACGUCAGACAGAAGGCCACCAGCCCAACUGGAGCCGACACGCAGAGGCUGCUGUUCUUGUUGUUGUUGCCUUGGAAGAUCCCGCACCCAACCCCUUCGCCUCCCUGUAGCCAAUGAACUCAAUGAACCCAAUGAAACCAUCGCUCCCGCCCACCCCGCAUGGUGAUGGUUCAUAUGCCUACGAGUCAGUUCCUUGGCAACAGAAUACCAAUCAGCCUGCAGGAUCUCUCUCAGUGGUAACCACUGUGUGGGGAGUCAGCAACACAUCCCAGAGUCAGGUUUUUGGCAACCCCAUGGGCCCUGGAGGAAACACCUCUGGCAACCCCAUGAUGCCCAGUGUGGCCAGUAGUAACUCUGGCAUGAACUCGCCUCAAUUUAUGGGACAGCAGCCUUUCCCAGAGGGAUCCACCAGCAAGGGCUAUGUGCAGCCGGGGAUGUACAGUCGCAACACCUAUCCUGGAGGGCCGGGCUUCACCACCAGUUAUGCAGGCAGCCCAAACGGCCCUGGGGGAAUGGGCAUCCCUUCCCAUACUGGCAGACCCCCUGCGGACUUCACCCAAGCAGCUGCCGCUGCUGCUGUCGCAGCCGCAGCCGCUACGGCCACAGCCACCGCCACCGCCACCGUAGCCGCCCUGCAGGAGAAGCAAAGCCAGGAGAUGAGCCAGUAUGGAGCGAUGGGGGCCGGGCAGCCCUUCAACAAUCAAUUCCUCCCUCACUCGGCGCCCCGAGGACCGGCCGUCCCUCCCGGAAUGAAUCCUGCCAACAUGGGGGGUGUGAUGGCGGCUUCUGGAAUGUCUCCCAUGAGCAUGAACACAGCGAGGGCUCCUGCCAUGAGUGCCUUGUAUGCUGGCCAGCGGAUGCCCCAGCACGGCUAUCCUGGGCCCCCGCAGGGCCAGCAGAUGCCCAGGCAAAGUGUGAAGAGGACCUACUCCAAUGAGGGUUAUCCGGGGCAACAGUACAUGCAGGGUGGACAGUACCCCACCCAAGCAGGACAAUAUGCCCCUAAUGCACCUCAGGCGUCUGCUCCAUCCCCCUCUUAUCCUGGCCAUCGGAUGCCCAUGCAACAGGGAAUGAGCCAGUAUCUCUCUGCCUCUGGCACUGGUGGCCCAUACUAUAAGCCUUCUGAUCAGUUCAAUGGUCAAAACCCCAGCUUCAAUGGAGGCAACUUCAACAGCUACGGACAGGCGACCAUGACUGGGCCUGCAAGAUCCAUGCCUGGCUACCCCAGCUCUCCACUGCCUGGCAACCCCACCCCUCCAAUGACACCUGGAAGCAACAUCCCUCCAUACAUGUCCCCAGGACAGGAUGUGAAGUCACCCUUCCUUCCAGACAUCAAACCCAACAUCAACUCUUUGCACCCCUCUCCCUCUGGGAACCCAUGUGACGAAUUGCGCUUGACUUUCCCCGUGAGGGACGGUGUGGUCUUGGAGCCCUUCCGCCUCCAGCACAACUUGGCUGUCAGCAACCACGUCUUCCAGCUCAGGGACUCGGUUUACAAGACUCUGAUGCUCAGGCCUGACCUGGAGCUGCAAUUUAAAUGCUAUCAUCACGAGGACCGGCAGAUGAAUACCAACUGGCCCGCCUCGGUCCAGGUCAGCGUAAAUGCUACGCCCCUGACCAUUGAGCGGGGGGACAACAAGACAUCACACAAGCCCCUCUACCUGAAGCAGGUGUGCCAGCCUGGGAGGAACACCAUCCAGAUCACCGUCACUGCUUGCUGCUGUUCUCACCUCUUCGUCCUGCAGCUGGUUCACAGGCCCUCGGUGCGUUCUGUUUUGCAAGGCUUGAUAAAGAAGCGUCUGCUACCAGCUGAGCACUGCAUCACCAAAAUAAAGCGAAACUUCAGCAGCGGCACAAUCCCUGGAACUCCAGGUCCAAAUGGUGAGGAUGGUGUGGAACAGACGGCCAUCAAGGUGUCUCUGAAAUGCCCCAUCACUUUCCGGAGAAUCCAGCUUCCUGCACGGGGUCACGAUUGCAGGCACAUACAGUGCUUUGAUCUGGAGUCCUACUUACAGCUGAACUGUGAAAGAGGGACAUGGAGGUGUCCAGUUUGCAAUAAAACAGCUUUGUUGGAGGGACUGGAAGUGGACCAGUACAUGUUGGGGAUUUUGAUCUACAUUCAGAACUCCGAUUAUGAGGAGAUCACCAUCGACCCGACUUGCAGCUGGAAGCCGGUGCCCAUCAAGCCUGACAUCCACAUCAAGGAAGAGCAGGAUGGGCCUGUGCUGAAGCGCUGCCGCACCAUGAGCCCAACCCACAUGGUGAUGCCCAACGUCAUGGAGAUGAUUGCUGCCCUGGGACCUGCCCCCUCGCCCUUUGUGCCCCUGCAACCCCCGCCUGCCGGCAGUGGCAGCAGCGACUACACCAGCCAAAGUUCGAGCUUUUCUGGCCCUGGAACUUUCCCAGAUUCGUUCCCUACUGUGAACCCCAGUACCCCAACAUUAAAUGAAUUCAACCCGGGACCUCCCCCAAUCUCGUACCAGUCAGACAUUCCUAGCAGCCUGCUGACUCCUGAGAAGCCACCUGCUCCCUCCAUCACUGGCCAGAUGCCCCCAUCAAACAGGAUGGAUCAGUCUCAUACCCCUGUGCAGCAAGGAUUAAACAACCCCAACCUCAGCAGUCAGCCAGGGCAGCAACUCCAUCAUCGGAACCCUCCCCCACCACAGUCGCGGCAACCCAUUGGACAGUCGGGGUCCGGAGGGCAAGCUCACGGAGGGGACCUCUCCUUCAAUCCUGGUCCUGGGAUGGUGGGCCAGCCUGGGAUGCCGGGAGCCGGGGAAGGAGCGGAGCCUUCUCUUGACCUGCUUCCUGAGCUGACGAACCCAGAUGAGUUGCUCUCCUACUUGGGACCUCCCGAUCUCCCCAAUAACAGCAACGAUGACCUGCUCUCCUUGUUCGAGAACAAUUGAAACCACCCCUUUAUGGAACACAGUCGCCAAGCUCCACACACCAUGUACACAUACCUGCGCAUCGCACACACUCAUACACACAAGCCACCCCAUAGCUUUCCAGGCUCCCAUCAAGAAAAAGGGUCUUGCCUCGUACUGUGGAGUACACACUGCCAGUGAGUCAGAAUAGUGGGAAGGCAGCCCAGGAACUUUGGCCAGGCAGCAAUGCCAUUUCGUCACAAUUGCCUCUACCCUACCAAAGGGAUCCCAUGGACACUGGAGCAGCUUGCUCUAGCUGUUCUGCAAAUCCUUCCUGCCCAGGAGAGAGGCUAGUGGGGACAUUCCCGAAGAAUUAGUUUUAUCAAGAUGCUCAGACCAUCCCAAGGUCUGGGCCACAAAGCAGCUGUAUUGCCCCUGCUGAUCAGCCCAAGAGACAUCCUGUAACCUGCACCCAGGGGAAAAAGGAACGAAGGAAUGAAGCAGAAUGGCUCCCUCGGACAUUAGCAGCCCUGAUCUCUCUCUCUCUAUCUAUCUAUCUCUCCCCCCUUCCUCGUGCACAUCAUUCGUGGGAUGAUCAGAUCUGCUUGAACACAGGAAGCUAGAGAGUGAAGCUGGUUCCUCCUGGUCUAGAAAUGUCCUCAAGUUCUUAAGCCACAAGCUGCAAGGAAAGGCAGAGAUCGACAGUGUCUAGAAAAAGCCAAUGGCGCUCACUUGCAUGUCCCUGCAUUUGGAGGCCUCCGGGAGCCAGCUCUGCCUGUCCCAACCCCAGUCCCAAGGCGGGGUUGCAGCUGUUUGUCUGACUGCAUCCAGCACCCGGUGUCAUGGAUACGUCAGAGCGAAUUGGGAUCGGAAACCUGUCCACACUCCCUGCUUGUCCUAUCCAAGAGCCUCUCGAGAGCUCGAGCCGGACAACUUUUCCAUUGCUUCCCCAUGGACUGCAGCAGCAAACGAAACACAUUUCUGGCAUAAAGAACAGACCGUUCCCUGGACACAACCUGACAGACCGUCUCCAUCUGUCGGAUGGAUCGUCUACAAGCACAACAAUGUAAAUAAUGUAGAAACACUAUAAAGGAAACAAAGGCAAGGAUGGAAGGAAAAGUGGGCGGAAGGGAGGGAAAGAAAUAUUUAAAAACAAGCGCAUCACUCUGUUGUAUAGUCUCAAGGGCUUCCCAGCCUUGGGGCAAGAGUCCUCUGUAUAAAUGUGCAUAAGCUUCCUAGAUUGUAAUAUAGACCAUUCCACAUGGGGCUGUGUGCACCAUCCAGAGACUUGAUGCAUUUAGCCAUAGCCGGGGUCUGUCCCUUGCGUUUGACAUGUGUGCGUCCCACCAAAGUAGGAUCUGGAUGCUCAGAAUUUAACUCAUUUUAAUCAUGAGCCCCAGAAAUAGGUGCAACGAGUCAGUCCAAAACAAAUGUGUGUGUUUUAACCUGCCAUUCUCCUUCAUCCCACUCAGGAACCUAUUUAAGUUGAGGUUGCAUUUGGGAUGGUGGUGACGGGUUACCUGUAUGUGAAGAACCAAACCAUUGUUCAUGGCCAGGCUUUCUGAGCCAAGGAGUCCCUGUGUCAAAGUGCUGACAACUCUGUCGAGUUUUGUGUAUCCUGUUUCAUUAUUGCUAUAUAUUAAAGGAUUCUUUUUGGUGGGGCUCACCAAAAUA